UUGUAAACUAUAGUCAUAAAACUAGCCGUUAAAAAACUGCACCCUUUGACCCAUUCUCCUCAAAUUUUGCUUUUAUCUCUCUCUUCCCUAAAACCUUAAACUUCACUUCAACUUUCUUCAUUCACUCACAAUCUCACUUACCCUUUAUCAGAAUCCUUACUCUCUCUCCAAAGUUUUCAUCUUUCUUCAUUUUCUCAUUGUUCUUUGCAUAGUCAUUGUUGUUCUCACUUCAUCUUCCAUGGAGAACAAUACUUGGCAUAAUGUUAAAGAUUUGAUUUUUACCUUUUUUAACACAAACCCACUUCAGAAAUGUAGAAAAAACCAAAAGGGUCAUUUUAUUUUAUUGGUUUUUGUGCUUUUUAUUGGUUUUACUAUUGAGCCUGUUUUAGGUAAUUUAUGGGAUGGUGUGGUUGUAACACAAUCUGAUUUUCAAUCCUUAAGAGCUAUUAAAAAUGAGCUUAUUGAUUCAAAAGGGGUAUUGAAAAGCUGGAAUGAUAGUGGUAUAGGUGCUUGUUCAGGUAAUUGGAUUGGAAUCAAAUGUUUGAAAGGGGAAGUUGUUGCAAUUCAGCUUCCUUGGAAAAGUUUAGGCGGAAAAAUUUCUGAGAAAAUUGGUCAACUUCAAUCUCUUAGAAAAUUAAGUCUUCAUGAUAAUGCACUUGUUGGUUCUAUUCCUAUUUCUCUUGGUUUUUUACCUAAUCUUAGAGGUGUUUAUCUUUUCAAUAACAAGCUUUCAGGUUCUAUUCCACCUUCUAUUGCUAAUUGUCCAAUGCUUCAAUCUUUUGAUGUUAGUCAUAAUUUGCUUAUUGGUAAAAUCCCUUUUGGUUUAGCAAAUUCCACUAGGAUUUUCAGGAUUAAUUUGAGUUAUAAUUCACUUUCUGGUUCAAUUCCUAGCUCAUUCAUGAUGUCACAUUCUUUAACUAUUCUUUCUCUUCAAUUCAAUAAUUUAACUGGUCCUAUUCCUAGUGAAUUAGGUGCAGUUUCAAGGCUUAGAGUUCUUGAUUUGUCAAACAAUGCUAUCAAUGGUAGUUUUCCUUUAAGCUUCUCUAAUAUGUCUUCUCUUGUUUCAUUGAAUCUUGAAAACAAUCAAAUUGAAAAUCAUGUGCCUGAUACUUUUGAUAUGUUGCAUAACCUUUCUGCGAUUAACUUGAAGAACAAUAAAUUUGAUGGUAAAAUUCCAUCAACUAUUGGUAAUAUCUCAAGCAUUAGUCAAAUUGAUUUGUCUCAUAACAAAUUUUCUGGUGAAAUUCCUGAUUCUUUUACUAAGCUAGUGAAUCUAAGUUCAUUCAAUGUGUCUCGUAACAAUCUAUCUGGUCCUGUUCCAUCACUACUUUCCAAAAGAUUCAAUGCUAGUUCAUUUGAAGGAAACUUUGGUCUAUGUGGUUACAUAAGUUCAAAACCAUGUCCUUCAGCACCACCGCCGCAUAAUCUUCCAGCUCAAUCACCAGAUGAAUCUCCUCCAAAGAAACAUCACAGAAAAUUAAGCACAAAGGACAUUAUCCUCAUAGUAGCUGGUGUUCUUUUGUUAAUUUUGCUAUUACUUUGCUGCUUUUUGCUUUGUUGUUUAGUCAGGAAAAGAGCUUCUUCAAGCAGAAAGAGUAGUAAAGCUGCUAAAGCUGCUGCUUCUGCUAGGAGUGUGGAGAAAGGUGGUUCAGCUGGUGGUGGUGAAGCUGUAUCGGGAGGUGAAGCCGGUGGCAAGCUGGUUCACUUUGAUGGACCAUUUGUGUUCACCGCUGAUGAUCUUUUGUGUGCAACUGCUGAGAUAAUGGGCAAAACAGCUUAUGGAACAGCUUACAAGGCAACAUUGGAAGAUGGUAAUCAAGUUGCUGUGAAGAGAUUGAGGGAGAAGACUACUAAAGGACAUAAGGAGUUUGAAGCUGAGGUUGCAUCACUUGGCAAAAUCAGACAUCCGAAUCUUUUGGCGCUUAGGGCUUACUAUCUUGGACCUAAAGGAGAGAAGCUGCUUGUCUUUGAUUACAUGAGUAGAGGAAGCCUAGCAUCAUUCCUUCAUGCUCGUGGACCUGAAAUUGUCGUCGAAUGGCCAACAAGGAUGAAAAUAGCUAUUGGAAUCACUAAUGGUCUAUUUUGCUUACACAACCAAGAGAAUAUAGUUCAUGGGAAUCUCACCUCAAGCAACAUACUAUUGGAUGAGCAAACAAAUCCUCACAUCACAGAUUUUGGUCUUUCAAGACUAAUGACAACUUCUGCCAACACCAACAUCAUUGCUACAGCAGGAAGUCUUGGAUACAAUGCACCGGAGCUUUCAAAGACAAAGAAACCUACCACAAAAACCGAUGUUUACAGUCUCGGCGUCAUUCUUUUGGAGCUUUUAACUGGUAAACCACCAGGAGAACCAACAAAUGGAAUGGACUUGCCUCAAUAUGUUGCAUCCAUUGUUAAAGAAGAGUGGACAAAUGAAGUGUUUGAUUUGGAACUCAUGAGGGAUGGACCAACCAUAGGAGAUGAACUUCUUAAUACAUUGAAAUUAGCUUUGCAUUGUGUUGAUCCAUCACCUUCUGCUAGGCCUGAGGUUAAACAAGUUUUGCAGCAAUUAGAAGAGAUUAAACCAGAAUUGGUUGAAGUUGAAGUUGAUGAUGAUGGAGCAAAGGUUCAAACAAAUGAAUAAAUGGAUGGAAGACUUUGAGUCACUUGAAAUAGUGGAGAAAACAUAUAUAUUUAAUUCAUUAUUUUAUUUGUUCAUUGAUUUUAUAUAUGUAUAUAGGAUGUGAGGUUUUGAUUUGACAGAUUAAGUAUUCUUUUGAACUAUAUGAAUAAUGAAUGUUCUUUCAAUUGCUAAUUAAACUAA